UUCGCAGACUCCAGUGGUUUUCUAACACAGUUCUGAGAAUGUGGUGCGGUUCCUUGGCGAUCGUACUCCUCCUGCUCGGGAUUUCGCAGGCCCGCAAGGGACUUGGUCCUGGAGAUCAGGACUGGGGUUACGUGGACGUCCGCGAGGGAGCCCACAUGUUCUACUGGCUCUACUACACGACGGCCAAUGUGAGCAGCUAUACGGAACGACCGCUGGUCCUGUGGCUCCAGGGCGGACCAGGUGGCUCCUCCUCGGCCCUGGGAAACUUCAAGGAGCUGGGACCCGUGGACACCAAUGGAGAACCGCGGGAGGGAAACUUCGUGCAGCACGUCAAUGUGUUGUUCAUCGAUAAUCCAGUGGGAGCGGGCUACAGUUAUGCGGACAACACUAGUCUCAUAGUGAAAAACAACGAGGAACUGAUCGACGACCUUAUGUCCUUCAUGCUGCACUUCUAUAAGUUGCACAAGGAGUUCAAAAGUGUUCCGCUUCACAUCUUCACCGAGAGUUAUGGUGGCAAAAUGGGCCCCGCUUUGGCCAUUCGACUGAAUGAGGCAAUGAAAGCUGGUGAUUUGGCCGAGCCCGGAGUCCUCAAGUCCGUGACCAUGGGAAAUCCUUGGAUAUCCACGCGGCACAUCUGCCGCGAACACUCCAAGUACCUGUUCGUCAACGGUCUGAUCGAUGAGGAUGGCGUGGCGGAGAUCGAUGCCCAGGAGGAGCGCAUCCUAAGCGCCCUCAAAAAACACGAAUUCUCUAAUGCCACGGAUGAGUAUUCUCAGUGGUUCGAACUUAUGCAGCGGCUGACCGGCGGGAUCUACCUGUACAACACGCAAACCCAUGUGGAUCCCAGCGAGGAUCGCACCUACGGCUACGGAGACGACUUGAACCGCUUCAUGGAGCAGAAUGUGAGUGAGGCCCUGCACAUCAAUGGCAGUGUCUAUGCGUCCCAGGUCUUUGAUGUACUGACCAUCCUGCACGGAGAUCGUCUCAUAUCGGACAUAAAUGCAAUACCCCGCUUGCUCAACGAGACCUCCGUUAAGGUUAAUAUUUAUUCCGCUCAGCUGGAUGCACUGGUGCCCACCUCAGCCACUUUGGCUUUAAUCAAGGACUGGACCUGGAAUAACAAGUCGGAAUAUCUUCAGGCCGAUCGCACCGCCAUCGUGGUAGAUGGCAAGCUUCAAGGUUACGAAAAAGUCGGCGGUAAUUUCGGAAUGUAUUGGAUCAAUAGGUCGGGUCACUUGGCACCAUCCGACAAUCCAACUGCCAUGCAGUAUGUUCUCAAGUCCGUCACUCAAUAUGAUGACAGCGAAUCCACCGAUGAUUCUGGUUUAAUGCAAAUGAUAAACUUAUUGGUUCAAACAGAUAAACAAUCUUGAAUCUAAUUUUACACCUGGAGAAGGCAUCGCCUGCCAGAUGCCCACUUUCAGUAUUUUCUACUGACGUCCCAACCGAAUGCAAAGCCAAAAUGGGUGGUUCCCUUGACUGGGGGUCAAUGUUUACUUUAUAUCAGUGAACAAAUAAAUUUGAUUUGGUUUAGAAGUCUACACUUUGCAGUUGGCCAGCAGACACCAUGGCUCUGCUCUUAAUACCCUUUUUAUAAGAAGCAUCUAUGACCCUUUUAAAAAUGUACUUUUUAAAUGUUCAAUAAAUAGAAGUCCUUAAAGUUAA